UGAGCAUGCGCAUUUGCAUUUAAGACUGCGUGCUUUCCAUGAUACAAAGUAGGCUCAGUUAAAGCCGAGUAAACUUAACUUACAUUAGAUAUGUACAGGUUGGCUAUUAAUAGAUAUCAGUGUUUGCCACGGUGUCAUAAUCCUUGCUAACCUGUGAACGUUUUACGAUUAACGAACUACUUUUGCAAAGGUUUUUAUUUUCAGGCAUGCUGGUGUCUUGUAAUAGUAGCUAGCUAAUGUCAACCUGCUAUUUGUUUUAUUGCAGAUUUUUCUCUUGACUGUAGCUAUCCCAUCUAAAGGUGAAACAUGGGACGGAAGAAACAGGGCAAAUUUGUCCGCCCUGACAAUAAGGGCAAAGAAAAAAGGCAUAGAAUGAAGGGGAAAUCCCUAGACACCUUUACAGAAGAAAUGCACACAGCAUUUGAAGUGAGUGUCUUCCCUGGAACAGGGACAGAAGCUCCUGAGGUGAAACUGCCUUGCCCCAUUGCGAUGUGGGAGUUGGGUCACUGUGACCCGAAACGCUGUACUGGAAGAAAGUUGGUCCGCAAGGGCUUUGUACGUAACCUACGCUUAAAUCAGAGAUUUAAUGGACUGAUACUGAGUCCGAUGGGUGUAAAAUACGUGACACCAGCAGACAGAGAAAUUGUGGCUCAGAAUGGGUUAGCAGUGAUUGACUGUUCAUGGGCUAUAAACUGGAGGGAGACUCCAUUUAACAAAAUGGUUGGAACUCAUCCCAGGUUGUUGCCAUACCUUGUAGCUGCAAACCCUGUCAACUAUGGCAAACCCUGCAAGUUGUCUUGUGUUGAGGCUUUUGCUGCUACGUUUUGUAUUACAGGUUUUAAAGAACUGGCAGUGCUCUUGCUGAAGAAAUUCAAGUGGGGGCAGUGUUUCUGGACGCUCAAUAAAGCUCUGGACCGUUAUCUGCCCUGCCAGUCAGAGGAAGAACUGUUGUCUGUUGAGAGGGAGUUUCUUACAUCCAAACCAGAGGAGGAGGAGUUUGAUCCAUUUGAUGUCAGCUCAGGAGUGGAAUGUGGGAAUCUCAACAGACGUCAAUUCGCACCUGUAGAUGAUGAUUCAAGUGAAGAAGACACGUCAGAAGAUGAUGAACAUGAGGCAGAAGAUGAAAAAGCACAAUCCAGUGAUGAGUCAAAUACAGUCUUGCAACAUAAUGAAGAGGAAGACACAAAAUUAGAUUUGUCAGAAUAAGGCAUAUUUUAACAAAGCGUCAUUGUAACACAGAGGCUGGCAAAACCUUUCUUUUAAACAUAACUUUCUCCUACUUUAAUGUAAGGUCGCUUUGGGCCACACGGUUUUUUAUCACAAAGUAUGAGAAAAUUAAGAAAUGUAUUAACUCUGCUUUUCUAUGACAGACAAAAUAAAUGACUAUCUACACACAGCAA